CUCGUCCUGCGGGCCCUCACCGCCCUCCCCCCACCAGACACGGAAGACCCGAGUGCGGGGCGCCUGCUCACGUGCCCGCAGCCCAGGCCGCGGUGUCCAGGAAGAUGGGGUUCCUAUUUCUCACAGGAGUGUGAUGGCGCGUGGGAGAGGGUUACAGGCGGAGGUACCGGCAUGUGUAAAGGCUUUGAGGACAUUGCCAUGUACUUCUCCUGGGAGGAAUGGGGCCUCCUUGAUGAGGCUCAGAGAUGCCUGUACCUCGAAGUGAUGCUGGAGAACUCUGCACUUGUAUCCUCGCUGAAGAGUUUACUUUAUGUUGUAUAACUACUUUGAGAUUCAUCAAUGACAUUAUGUGAAUACUUCACCUUUUUCUUUCGGUGCUUCUGAGAAACAAAUGGGGCUUCCUAGAACCCUCUGGUCCACUGGAAGACGUGUCUUCAGGUUACUGAGGUCUCAUUGUGGAAUCCCAGGGAAUCUGUGGGCCACUCUAGAGUUCCCCAAGAUUUACUUCACUGACUGUGACAGGGAGGUGAUGAAGGUGUUCACCGUAGCCUCUGUGACGAACGUUUCUUGGCCAAGGUAGACUCCGGGAAUCUCCUCCUGCGCAGCUGUGGAAACUACACUACCCAGAGGGCAAUGCGCCCAAUGGUGGCGGAGUUGAGCCAAUGAAAGCCCAGGGCAGAGGUCGGGUCGCCCAAUCAGAGGCUCGGGGCCAGGGGUCCUAAAAGAGAAGGCGUCAGAGGCCUCCACAGAGGUGGAUCCAAGGCUUGGCGGUCGCGCACCUCGGGGUGACCCGUAACAGGCUGAGAUCAGGACCUCCACGCCUCACAGACUCCGCUUCGUCCACAGACUCCGAUGGCGGCGGCGGCGCUGAGGGACCCGCCUCAGGUCCAGAGCUUAGAUGACAUCUGUCUACCCACCUGCCUGUUGUUGAAGGCUGAUACAGUGAUCAAUAGGACCAUGAUGAGACAAUGGGUAUCAGUGCCACCUGAGCUUGGAAAUCUUCAUGAGGGUAUGAAAUUUGAGGAUGUGGCCAUUGACUUCUCCCAGGAGGAGUGGGGGCUCCUUGAUGAGGCUCAGAGACUCCUGUACUACAAUGUGAUGCUGGAAAACUUUGCACUUGUAGCAUCCCUGGGUUGUUGCCAUGGAACAGAAGAUGAGGAGGCCCCUUCUGAGCAGAGUAUAUCUGUAGAAGGAGAGUCACAGGUUAGGGCUUCUAAGGCAGGUCCAUCCACCCAGAAGACCCACCCCUGUGAGAUGUGUGUCCCCAUCUUAAAAGAUAUUUUGCAGCAAGCUGAGCACCAAAGAGUAUACCCUUUGCAGAAACCAGACUUGGGUGGCACAUAUGUGAGAUGCUUCUGUUUCAUUGCAAACCUUCGCCAGCAACAGAAGCAUGACAGUGGAGAGAAGCCCUGGAAGAGAGAUGUGGACAGGGCCUCGCUUGUGAGGAGCUGCAACUUCUUUGUGCCAGGGAAGCCUUUCACCUGUGGGGAGGUUGGGGAGGACUUCCCAGCCACUUUGGGCCUUCUCCAGCACCAGGCCACACCCAACAGUGAGGAACUACAGAGUGGCAGCAAGAGUGGACAGGCCUUUCACAGUGAAAAAAGUCAUUGCAAGUGGGGUGAAUGUGAAAAAGUUGCCAGCCACAGCCACACACUUGUUCAAGAUAAAAGUGUCCACUCUAAAGAAGGGCUUUAUGAGUGUAACAAAUGUAGGAAAGCCUUCAACUGCAACUACAGACUUGUUCAGCACCAGCAAAUUCACACUGGACAAAGGCCAUAUGAGUGUGGUGAAUGUGGGAAAUUCUUUAGCCAUAUCUCUGGCCUUGUUAAACACCAGAGAAUUCACAGUGGCACAAAGCCUUAUGGAUGCAGAGAACGUGAAAAAUUAUUUACCCACAACUUUAGUCUUAGAAAACACCAGAAAAUUCACACUGGAGAAAGGACUUAUGAAUGCAGUGAAUGUGGAAAAGUCUUCAGUCACAAAUCCAAACUCAUUCACCACCAGAGACAACACACUGGAGGAAUGCAUUUUGAGUGUGGUGAGUGUGGGAAAUUCUUUAGCUACAAAUCCAACCUCAUUGAACACCAGAGAGUUCACACUAAAGAAAGACCUUAUGAGUGCAGUGAAUGUGGGAAGUCCUUUAGACAAAGUUCUAGCCUUUUCCGACACCAGAGAGUUCACACUGGAGAAAGGCCUUAUGAGUGCAGUGAAUGUGGGAAAGCCUUUAGACAAAUAUUUAAUCUCAUUCGACAUGGUAGAGUUCACACUGGAGAAAUGCCUUAUGAGUGUAGCGAAUGUGGGAAAUCUUUUAGCUGCAAGUCUGAACUCGUUCAACACCAGAGAAUUCACAGUGGAGAAAGGCCUUAUGUGUGCAGUGAAUGUGGGAAGUCCUUUAGACAGUUCUCUAACCUCAUUCGACACCGGAGUGUUCAUACUGGAGAAAGACCAUAUGAGUGCAGUGUUUGUGGAAAAUCCUUUAGUCGCAAAUUUAUCCUCAUUCAACAUCAGAGAGUUCACACUGGAGAAAGACCUUACAAGUGCACUGAAUGUGGAAAAUCUUUUACCCGCAAAUCUGACCUCAUUCAACACCAGAGAAUUCAUACUGGCACAAGACCUUAUGAGUGCAGUGAAUGUGGGAAAUCCUUUAGACAACGCUCUGGGCUUAUUCAACACCAGAGAAUUCAUUCUGGAGAAAAGCCUUAUGAAUGUGGGGAAUGUGGGAAAUCCUUUAGCCAAAGUGCUAGCCUCAUUCAACAUCAGAGAGUUCACACUGGGGAAAAACCAUAUGAGUGUAAUGAGUGUGGGAAAUCCUUUAGCCAAAGUUCUAGCCUCAUUCAACACCAGAGAAGGCACACUGGUGAGAGGCCUUAUGAGUGCAGUGAAUGUGGGAAACUCUUUACCCACAAAUCUGACCUCAUUCAACACCAGAGAGUUCACACGGGAGAAAGACCUUAUGAAUGUAGUGAAUGUGCGAAAUCCUUUAGCCGCAAACCUAACCUCCUCAGACACUGGAGAGUUCAUGCUGGAGAAAAGCCUUAAAUGUGCAGGGAAUGUUUUAUUUCCUCACUCAGUAUAGCAAUACUGGAGGAGACUGUGUGAGAGCCAUUUAACUGAAUUUAAACCUCAUUUAUUCAAACAUCCACCAUGCAAGAUUGCUCAUAAGUUUCAGUUACAUCUAAGGCUUUAAGGAGAUGCAUUAUACCUUGUAACCUGCCCAGAGCUGCUGUUAGAUUUAUGUCACUGCCACUUUCUGUGGCUGAAGCCAUUUCACCCCUGUACAUAAGGCACCACUCCAACAGGCUCAGGAAAGCUGAACUCUGUUCUCCCAUCUGCGUGAGGAAAUUAUGAAUAGCCCAAACCCUUAGCAGGAUCCUCAUUUCUUUCUCUCUGAUGUUAGGGAAUGGACCUUACCCAGGUUGGGUCCAAAGGACCUAUCCUCAGCUUGCUAAGAAGGACUACCUUUUUCAGGGACAUCAUUGUUCUCACAUCAUACUUGUGAUGAAUUUUUCCAGGUUCUAAUUUACCAACGUGGAAACUGCUUGCUGCAUGUUGCUCUGGUUUGUGAUCUUUUGUAAAGGCCUCCUCUUGCAUUUUUAAUUUUGGUGGUUCUUUUCUCUCUUCCAUGGGGGUUUGGAAGCAGAAUUGUGAUCUGUUAGCAUGUAGAGGUGAACAGAUUAAUUUGCAUUGCUUCCCAAGGCCUUGAAAGGAAGACUGCAGGUCUCUGUGGUCCUAAUUGGUGGACUGGUGCCAGGAUUUUCGGAGAGGUCAGAAGCCACCCUGAAGAGGAGGCCUUUGUUGUGAGAACCCCCAGUGCUUCUGUGACCAACAUGAAUUUUAUUCCCUUGUUCACAUAAUUCCCAGCACCAUUGAGGGGACCUCGUCCCCAGGUCCUAUAAAGGAGCCAUGUGCCACGAUAUACAAAUUUUCAAUGACAUUUUCAGUGUCAUUUAUUGUUAGACUACAAGGGUCAGGUAGAACCAUAAUUUGUGUUACUGAACCAAACUCAGGUCCACUUGCCCAUGUGCAGCACAGCCAAUCUACUGACGCAAGGUUGUGAUGAAGUGAAGUACAGCAUUUACUGUAGGGCAUCAAGCAAGAAGAAUGGGCAGCUAAUGUUCAAAAGACCUGAACUCCCCAGUGGUUUUCAAGGAAGGGUUUUUUUUUUUUUGCGGUAUGCGGGCCUCUCACUGUUGUGGCCUCUCCC